AAAAAAAAAAAAAAAAAAACAAAAACAAAAACAAAAGAAGACAAUAAACUAAAGGUGGUUUGAAGAUGGGGGCGCCAGCUCCACGCGUAUCGGACAGCCGCAAGAAGCCUUAUGACAAUGGGCGCAGAGGCUCGUCGUUCUCAAUGGAAGUGAGGAGCUGUGUCAUCGAAAUUAUAAGGAGGCUGAAGGGGUUCCGGUCAAGCAAAUCGCAUCAGCCAUUGAUCGAACUGGAUAUCGCCAACUUGUGCCACGCGACACGACAGUUGUUCCUCGAUGAGCCGAUGCUGCUGCAUGUGGAGGCUCCGUUGCGCGUCGUUGGGGAUAUACAUGGCCAGUUCUCAGAUCUGCUGCGCAUGCUGGAGCACUGCAGAUACCCGCCUGAAGCCACAUAUCUGUUUCUGGGCGACUAUGUGGAUCGGGGCAAGAACUCGGUGGAAACGAUAACGCUCUUGCUGGCCCUCAAGCUCAUCUAUCCCAAUAAAGUGUUCCUGCUGCGCGGCAACCACGAGUCGCAGGCCCUAAAUCGGGUCUACGGAUUCUACGACGAAUGCAAGCGCCGCUACACGGUCAAGCUGUGGAAGACGUUUGUCGACUGCUACAACUGCAUGCCGGUGGCAGCGAUAAUAUCGGAUCGGAUCUUUUGUUGUCACGGUGGCUUGAGCCAAAGCCUAACCAAGUUGGACGACAUUAAUGCGCUGAUUCGCCCCGCCGACGUGCCGGAGGAGGGUCUCAUGUGUGAUCUGCUGUGGAGCGAUCCGGAUAUUUACAAGUUCGGCUAUACGGCCAGUGAUCGUGGGGUUAGUUUCCUCUUUGGACGCGAUGUGAUUGAUAGAUUCCUGCGCAAAUUUGAUUUCGAUCUGAUCUGUCGGGCCCAUCAGGUCGUCGAAGAUGGCUAUGAGUUUUUUGCCAAACGUCAACUGGUCACCAUAUUCUCGGCGCCCAAUUACUGCGGCAUGUUCGAUAAUGCCGGAGCAUCAAUGGGCGUCGAUAAGGAUCUGGUGAUUACGUUUGACGUGCUGCGGCCAUCCAAGAAGAGAUCAUCCAAGGAACGCAAAUCACAGACGAAAGAGCGCAGUGCCCUAAUCAUAAACUGAG